UCUUCUCCUCCCCUUCUCCCCUUGUCCCCCCGGGUGUGUGAGCCAGGCACACCGCUCCAUCCAGCGGAGCUCUCGGCGAAGAACCUGCAGGGACACGAUGCACCCCGAUGGAUCCGCGGCAGGACGAACGGCGUUCCGGGAAAAGGGGUCGCAGGCUCUCAGUGUUGUGCUGAACAACAGAGGGACAAAGUGAGGACGGAGGACGCUGAAGGUCGUCUGGACUCAUGUCUGCGCCUGCUCCAGCCAAUCGGAGGUCUGCGUUGGGCUCUCGCCGGCGGACACCAGCCGCACCCAGUAACAGAGAUCCCCAUGGCAACACAUCCCUCAGCAGCAGCAGCAACUCAGGCUCUUGUAAAGGCAGCGACUGCAGCCCCACCAAAGGACGUCAUCCAAAGUACUCAUGUACGGACAACCAUGGUAUCCGGCCCCCUCCACCAGAGCAGUACCUCACACCCCUGCAGCAGAAAGAGGUGUGUAUCCGACACCUGCGGUCCAGGCUAAAGGAAACCAUCAACACUCUUCAAGACAGGGACACAGAGAUAGAUGAGCUGCGAGGCCAGCUCUACAGGAUGCAGGAGGACUGGGUUGAGGAGGAAUGUCACCGUGUGGAGGCCCAGCUGGCACUGCAGGAUUCGCGCCAGGAGAUCCAGCAGCUCAAACAGGCUGUGGACACUGUUCGCUCCAAACUCAGUGAUGCAGGCGGGCUAAGUGGCGACGUUGGAGUCCAAAAGUACUUUCAGGACAUCAACACUCAGAACCACAAGCUUGAGAACCUUUUGCUCAGCAUGGAGCUGGCCCAGGCUGGAUUAGCCAAGGAGGGAGAAGCCAUACCAGGCAGAGGGAGGGGGUCUUGCUCCUGCGACGGUAGCCCAGCCCGGUCGCUGACACGGAGCUCCACCUACACUAAGCUGAGUGAUCAGGUGCUCGCGGACCGGAACUGCAAUGUCCCAGACUUUCCUUGUCUGUCAGGUGACGGCACCCAGGAUAGCGGUUUUAUGUGCUGUGGGGACAGCAGCAUCCCCAGCCAGGCCGAUCUGCUGUUAGAGGCCGCCUUCCUCUCUGAGGAAACAGCAGCUUUACUCAACUCCUACGCACAAACCUUUUCCCAAUCUCUGCCCCACUCUCUACCUCAAUCUUUGCCUCACACUCUUCCCGACUCUCUGCCCAACUCUCUUCCCCAUUCUCUGCCCCAUUCUCUGCCCUAUUCUCUGGCCCGGUCUCUGCCCCAUUCUCUGCCCCAUUCUCUGCCCAACUCUCUGCCCCAUUCUUUGCCGCACACCUUCUCCCAUACCUUACCUCGCUCUUUCCCUCACAAUAUGUCCCACUCCGUGGCCCACACUAUGCCGCACUCCGCCAGCUGUGAGAAGCUGUGCACAGGUGAGCGGCUGGCACCCAUUCGCUGUGGUCUCGGUGGAGUGGGUUGUAUGAACCAUCCCUGCCUGUCCCACCACCACCUCUACCUGCACUCCCUGCGGGAGACAGGCAUUCAAACUGAGAGCUGCCCCAUCCCUGCAACGGCAGGUUACCCCUCUGAUCUGGAUACCAUUGCGGAGCAACGCACUUUCCGUUCCCAGGCCUGCAGCCCCACCUCCACCUGGAUGUCAGAUGAGGGGGAGGAGGAGCUGGACUCCAUCACGACCACAGCUUCAACAACCACAGCGACGAUCAUGAGCACGGCCACAGAGCCAAUCCCGACCUCCAAAACCCCGCCGGUCCCUCUCUUACCACGGUCUGCUACUGUGGCGUGUUCCAUGGAAAGUCCUCUGUGUGGGGAGGAAGAAGAAGUGGAGGGAAGGGGAAAGCAAGAGAAUGAGGAGAGAGAGAAGGGAGCUGCAGCAACGGAGCGGCAGGAGGACACAACAGUGAUCAGCCUGACAGAAGAAGGGCAUCAGACACAAAAGGGCUCAGAGAGAGUCAAUGAGGUGGAAGUUCAGGGUGCAGUGGAGGAGGCAGCACCAGAUGAGCUGUGCAAUUUCACAGAGACUUCAGCAGGGACGUUGGGUGAGCUUAAUUUUGUAAAAUGCUGUGGAGAAGGCUCACAGGUUGGGACAACACCGGAAAACCUGAGCAUGGAAGACGUCGAGUCAGAAGAGUUAAAUCCAAGUUGCCAAGGGUUAUCACCAGAUGUGGAACAGCCUCACACCUCACAGCCAAGGAGAUCUACUUCCCAUGAGGAGAUAGCUGGUGUCGUUAUAGUGGAGUUGAAUGAUGAGGACGAUGGUGAAGAUGAAACUAAAGAACAAGGCGCCACAGGGGGUGCCACGGCAGAGGCAGGAGAUCCAUCGAGCUCGGGGACAAUUGAGAAAAGCUACUGGAGUCGUCACUUCCUGGUUGAUCUUCUGGCAGUGGCCAUUCCUGUGGUGCCAACAGUGGCGUGGCUCUGCCGUGGUCCAGUCCGCGGCGGACCGCCCAUGUAUCAUAUUGGGUCGCUGCUGCGGGGCUGUUGCACUGUGGCACUGCACUCGCUCCGCAGGGGAGGUGGAUUGAGGCAUUACCCCGCAGGCGGGGGAAACCUGGGCGGAUCGCAGAUAUAAGAGGGUCUGGGUCCUUAGCUUGUUGGACGAUACCUGUAGUAUGAGAGGAAGAAGAGGAGGAACUUCCUGUCCUGCAUUCCUCAUCAAAAUGAAUAUGACUAAGAUCUCUGACUGGUGAAGUCGGUUCUGUUUGGUCCUGCUCUUUAAUGUCUCUCACCCACUGGUCCUUGCUGUUGCUUCCAAGAUGUCCGCUAUGUUGAAAUGAAUGAUCUAAGCUUGGAUGUUAAACGCUGAUUGUUUUCUUUUUAAAAUGCAGGGAAAUGUUACAGGUGCAUUGAUUAGUCAACCUACCAGGCUGUCUCAAUUUGGACAUGUUCUAAUGAUGUCGGUGAGUGAGUCCAUGAAAUAUGAUGUACGUAUGUUAUAGAAUG